UCACAUCACAAACUUCUCAACGAUUGCAUCCUACGAUUUGGCAUCGCGUUUAACUCCCCGAUAAACCGCCGCCUUCGUCUGUACGUGAUUCUUGCCGGAUUUCUCAUCUAAGUUGGUUGUGGGUGUUAAUGUCUCUCUGUCUUAACUCUCUAUCUACUGCCUGCGCUUGCCCCCCCCCCCAUAUUACGUCCCACAGGCAUAAUCACACGGUGUGCUGAGUGUUAAUUUCCCCUGUGAUGGCAACGGAGAAGGUACUGGGAUCCCUCUCCCCGUGGAAGGCAGCUGGGCCGUUGCUGAAUAAACACCCGCUUGGAAAAAUGCGCUUUAUUAAAGUUAUGUCAGGUUGUGUGGGUUUAACACAGUGCACACAAUGAUCUGACAGCACAUUAUGAGAAUUUAUCACGACUGGAUAGCUUGUACUUCUUCCUCCCCGGUGCCGUGGCACAUUAAGGGGCCGCGGACACACAGUGUCUUAAAAACAAAUUCUCCCGUGAAUAGAAUAUCAGCUGCCCGGGACGGCGAGAUUGGAGAAUUAUUCCAUUCAGCUUUUCAACAUAAUAUUCACAAUCUACAGGUGAACCAGCACGGGCUUCCAGGGUAAUUCUACCAGUCUUUAAACAACACAGCCAAUUUAAAAAGAAGAAAGCCCUGGGUAAAGUUGCAGAAUUAGCAUCGCCUCUUGCGUGUUUGUGUCGACACUCGAGUGAAUAUUUACCAUUUCCUGUAUCUAUUCGGAAUACGUGAGGGAGGUUGUCAGUCUGGGUUCGCAGCCAGUCAUCCGACAUUGUUUCCACCCCCCUGCCUCUACCCUCCGUUUUUUUAGACACGCAUUGUUUGAUUUAAAUAAAAGAUAGGAUACCCGGAGAUUGUUGAUCUUUUGUGCCUGUCCCCGACGACGGAGCAAAGGAUCACUGCCAUUGAUGAUAAACUGCGUGCCUUCACCGUCGCUGGCCGAGUUUGGAGUACAGCACGACCGGGGAUUAAUUGAUGUGAACGUUGCGGUAAUAGUCACUUGGGACUCAUCUGUGCUUUGUGUGUCAAUUGGAGUAAACACAGUCUGUGGAGAUGCGGAGGGUACACCCAAUUGUUUCUCUAUAUCCAGCCUUCACAUUGGCCUGGCUUGGGCGUUCAUGUGGGGAUGAGAGUGUUCGGUGGAUGUCUUGGAUUAUAAAGACCAACAGUUUGUUUAUAUUGUGACUACUGACACCUUCCCAACAUUGAGGAGACUACUCUAUAUUGCAUUGCUCGUACCGAUGGGGAUCAUGCUUUGGAAGAUGAAAUUGACAUGAGGGAUGUUGCUCUUUACUUCGUUUCUUGACAAGAAAUAAUCAGAGUGGAGAUUGUUGAAGCUACGUGUUCUUCAUCAAGUCAAAUCAAGUCAAUGUGGUUUUAUUAAUUGGCUUUGAAGGUGUUUUCUAUUGAAGUUUUACCCCGUUGGCUUGCCACUCAGGUCUGCCUUGGGUGUAGCUUAUUUUAAUGAAAGAUAGCUUUUUGGUUAGGAGAUGUAAAGUUUGUUCAGGUGGUGAAGGAAAACAAUAUUUUUUUUUUUUUGAAAUACUUGGAAAUGACCAAAUAUCAUCAUCUUUUGAUGUUGCAUCUUUUAGUUGACAUUUCAGAAUAUUUUGAUCAACUGUGAUUUUGAUGUUUCUACUGAAGGUUUUAACGAGGUGGAACUUUUCGUAAACAAUUUCUAACUUAACCCUGCGUGCACUAGGAAAAUAAUGACAGAGAAUUGUCUUUUCUUCUAUGAUGACUUUAAGAAGGUUCAAUAAACCUAAUUGGGAAUAAACAUAGAGCCAGUAUUCAGUUGGCACCGUGUGACUGGCUUCAAACUGUGUAACGAUCGAAAAAGGCCACGGAGUGAGGUCAGGACGCUGUGAGCUGCGCUGGUAUAAUACCAAAGGCCACUUCAAGGUGUGUCUGAGUCUAUCUUCUCAGCCGGCUGAGGGACGACACCAUGAUGUUAAUUGUUCAUUUCGUAGAUUACUGACGAGACUAGACACCUUGGCUGUUUCUUGAAGUAGUAGUAGAUAUUACCACAGAUUAGUUGCGAAUGGUUAACAUCGAUGACUGCAUGGAUGUGGCAAAUGUUCCAUUACCAGCUUAUUAGCUUACAGCGCUAAGGACUCUUCAUGUUGGAUUGGUCUUUGUCGUCAUCGACUGCUCCUAGAUAGAAGCCAAGGUGGUGAUGAUGAUGAUGACACCCGAACUACCAUCAUCAGACUGUGCCUUAUAUUCUCUACAGCUCUGUUGGGAUCUGUUUUUUUCUCUCUCUCUCUUCAACCGAUAAAUAAAACGUGCAUUAAAGCAGGCCCAUCAAAGUGAAACAGGAAGCUGUUUAUGUUAAGCAUUGGUGAACAUGGUAGGCAAGUAGCACACCGUACAGCAACCGACGUGCACCCAGUCAAGGACUCUGUAGCUACAAGCCAAGAAUUUAGCGGGUUAGCACACAGCUUGGGACUUUCCAACAACAAUUUUAAGCAGUAGAGAUCCCUUUUCCUGUCGGAGCAGUUGGUUGCAGACUUUAUGCACAGAGUGGUUACUUGUUGUGAACGGAGAGUAAUAUGUGAGUCACCAUCGUGCAUUAAGGUACACGUUGUAGUAAACGCAGCUCGAUGUGUGUGUAUACACACGCACACAUGUCCAGGGAUCCUUUUUUAAUAGCAACUCUGCGUCAAUCACAUUUUGGAACCCAACUUUGAGUCGACUCAGAGUGGGGAAUUGGUGGGUAUAGCGGACCCACUGGAACUCCCUUCAAGAAACUGUCGGAGGGGGACUUAUAAGAAGGAUGGCUGUUGUUGCAUCCAAGGCGCUAAGAACUGAGGAUAACUAUCUACUACGGUAUAGGUGUCGCAAGAGACCGGGAGGUUCUCGUGGCCCUCAUGAUGAGACAGCCCUCAGCAAAGGCAUCAUUUACCCGGCUGCGUACCUGGGUUCCACGCAGCUGGUCACCACCAAGCAGCCUACCAAGAAAGUACGCAUGCAGCAGGCACAGGAGGCCGUCAACAGAAUCAAGACACGUAUUCGGAGGAGAUGGAACAAGGCACCAGAGGGGGAGGAGCAGCCAAGCACUGAGGUGGACCUCGCCAUUUCCAGUGAGAAGAUUAAAGUGCUGAAUGCAGACACGCAGGAGACGAUGAUGGACCAUCCGUUGAAGACAAUAUCCUACAUUGCUGAUAUCGGAAACAUCGUGGUCAUCAUGGCCAGGAGGCGAGUGACUAGGACACUUGAUGAGGCCAUGGAGGACAGUGGGAUGCUGGUAGAUUCAGAGGGACGAAGGCAACCCAGGAAGAUCAUCUGCCAUGUCUUUGAGACGGAAGAUGCUCAGUUGAUAGCCCAGACGAUAGGCCAGGCCUUUGCUAUGGCCUACUUGGAGUUCCUGAAAGCCAAUGGGAUCGAGGACCCUCACGUUCACGAGCUCGACUACCACGACGUGCUGAAUUCCCAGGAGAUCUACGGGGACGAUCUCAUGUUGUUCUCCAACAAGGAGUGCGAGAAGGAGGUCCUAAUAGAGAAAGAGCGUGGUGAGAUCAUGGGCGUAGUCAUCGUGGAAUCUGGGUGGGGCUCCCUCAUCCCUACAGUAGUCAUAGCUAAUAUGUCACAGUUUGGGGCGGCGGCUCGGUCCGGUAAACUCAACAUUGGUGAUCAGGUCAUGUCCAUCAACGGCACCAGUCUAGUGGGUCUUCCUUUAGCACAGUGUCAGCAGAUGAUCAAGUCCUUGAAGAGCCAAAGCUUAGCGAAGUUCAACAUUGUCUCGUGUCCACCGGUAACCCAAGUACUCAUCAAGAGACCAGAUACAAAGUACCAGCUGGGAUUCAGUGUGCAGAAUGGCAUAAUCUGUAGUUUAAUGCGAGGUGGGAUCGCAGAACGAGGAGGCGUACGCGUUGGUCAUCGAAUCAUUGAGAUUAAUGGCACCAGUGUGGUUGCAACGGCACAUGAGAAGAUUGUCGAGAUGUUAUCAACAUCGGUCGGAGAGAUCCGCAUGAAGACGAUGCCGUUGUCGAUGUACAAGCUCCUAACGGGACAGGAACAGCCUGUUUAUAUCUGAGCCCAGAAAGACUCAAUCAAAUCAAUUAAUUGUAAAUAUCAGAUGAAAGAUAAACAAACAAACAAACAAUUGUUUAAAAGUACAAGAGACUACAUUAUAAAAGGUAUGUCGCUGUGCUGUUACUCCAAUAAUUGUACGAGAUAACAUUCCAUGAUGGCGUUGGACGUAGACGUUGGUGUUAUCGGUUCAUUAGAGAUAUACAUUGUAUCAACGGCUCCUUGGCAUCCUAUACAAGUGGAAGCCGUACAUGUAGCUUAC